AAUCAAACUGUGCUGAUGAGAUGUCUCUCCUUGCUACGUUCCCAGCAGGCCUUUUGGCACCUUCUCCUCGUUUUGCCUUAGGAAGAUCAGUUUUACUUACCACGACAGACGAUUCGCCUUCAAACUACCCUUUGGAAAUAGAAGAGAACAACAUGGUUUAUUUUGCUGGGUGGCUGGCAUCGAAAUUCCUCAAGGUUCAUUCCUGUGUAGGAACAUCCCAGAAAUAUGAGUUGAGGACAGAAAAUGCGUGUUUUUCUGAGGGAAAUCGCGUGCUCUUGUAUUUGAGUGUGAAAGGAACUUCUGACUCCCACUUUGGAAUUUUCUCAGUUCCUUCUGCUGCUUUCAUAUUACUUGUUGAAGCUUGUGAGGAAGUCUUCGAGACAUGUAUCAACAACCUAAUUUCAAAGGAGAACGUAAAGCGGACUCUUUGUGUCCUUUUUAACCAGAAGAUUUCAAAGUCUCUGACUGUAUGUGACGAAAGUGUUUAUGAUAAUUUGUUUUCUCUGAUUGCCAGAAUCAUUCUGCACUGGUUCGUGCGG